AUGUAUUGUAUGUUUUUGCAUAUACGUGUAGGUUAUAGCACUGCAGCCACCGCUAGAGGAAGAGCACCGCAGCCACCGGUAGAGGAAGAGGUUAUAGCACCGCAGGCACCGCUAGAGGAAGAGGUUAUAGCACUGCAGCCACCGCUAGGGGAAGAGGUUGUAGAACAGCCACCGGAAGAGGUUAUUCGAGGCCGACGUCGACAUCGGGGCCGGGGCCGGGGCCAGGCAGAAGCGCAGCAACAUGACGAUGCGCCUUUGGAUGUGGGUGGUCCGGAGGACCUAUCCUUGCUAAAGAGUUUUCACACACAUGUGGCUAAAGCCAUUUUGGAGGGAGAAGAGAGAGGUACAUUAAGCUUGCAUCAACACUUGGGUCUUUUGGGCACUUGGGUAGUUACAGAAGACAGGUUCAAACAAAAGGUGUUGAAUUCGGGCUUGCUUCCGUUGUGUAGCAUAAAUAAAAACGCGCAAUGCAAUUCCUUUAGAAUUUUUGCAUUUGUUGAAAGGUGGCAUCCGGAGACGAACACCUUUCACUUUGACUUUGGUGAGAUGGGGUUGACAUUAGAUGACGUAGAACAUCUACUCGGGAUACCUGUUCGUGGAUUGCCUGUGUACACGGAGGAUGAGAGGAUGCCAAAAGAACUGUUAUUGGAUUUGCUUGGUGUGUCGAAGGAAGUAGCGACAAAUGCAAUUACUAUGAAUGCAGUUAAACGGUAUACAGUUAAGUUGAGUUGGUUGGAGAUGAAUUUCAAAGACGUAAAUGAGACGGACACAGACAAGUAG